CUUUCUCUCUCGCUCUCUCUAUCUAUGUAUGUAUAUGUGAAUCCAAUACAUUACAUGCUCGUUCUUAGUUGACUUCUGGGGUUUAUCAAAGGUUCAGUUUUUGGGUUUGUUUCAUAACACAAUUUCGUGGAAAUGUGUGUUAGAUUCGUUGCAUUUUACAGCCUUUUUUUUCUGGGUUUAUCAAAAGAUUCCAAAGUUUGGGUUUUUUUGUAAUGUUCAUAAACACGAUUGUACUCUGUUUGCAAUAUCGUAGGAAUCUAUGUAGGCGAUGAGAAAGUGAUACAUUUCACUCGUGGAGGUGGUCUCGAAACCGGAACAGGGACUUUCCUGGACAAUUUCAUCACUAGCUCAGUUCCGAAUCAUGGAGGAGGCAACAACCCUUGUACUAAGUGUGGAGAUCAAUCCAAACUCGACGGUGUAAUCUCUUCUUGCCUUGAUUGCUUUCUCGCCGGAGGAAACCUUUAUCUCUUCGAGUACGGUGUCUCUCCAGCUUUCUUUAUCGCAAAGCAACGAGGUACUUGCACGACUGCAACUUCAGAUCCUUGUGAUGACGUCGUUUCCCGUGCUGAGUUCCUCUUAUUGCGAAACCGGUUUGGUGCUUACAACCUGUUUGAGAACAAUUGUGAAGAUUUUGCUACUUAUUGCAAAACUGGUUUGGUUGUCAUGUCAAAGAUCAAGCUUGGAAGUAGUGGUCAAGCCAAUUCCGCGUAUGUAGCAGGCGAUGCUGUUUCUUGGGCGAUUGGUCUUAUUGGGAUGGUGAAGUCUGGUAGAACAGCUUCGGUGGUUUCUUCAACACUUGGAUAUGCAGUUACAGGUUUUGGUGGUGUGGUGUUGGUAGGGACUGUAGGAUAUGGUAAGUACUGUUUUGAUCGCCUGCGUUCCGAUAUUGGUAUGAGAUCCGAUGCUACUAAGGUUCCUGUGGAAAGACUCGUUUCCAUCAUUGAAAUCAUGGAAGGCAGAUCUACUCAAGUCAUGGAAGGCAAAUCUAUUGAAGUCAUGGAAGGCAGAUCUAUUGAAGUCAUGGAAGGCAAAUCUACUGAAGUCAUGGAUGGCAGACCUAUUGAAGUCAUGGAAAGCAGCUUGGAGGACAACAAGAAGUCUAGUUAGUUAUCAUUAUGAAUGUUUGAUGACUAACAACAGUUGAGUAAGAGGGAGGAUCGUGCUUUCUCUGCCUUGUUUGUAUUGUGAAAACUGUAUUUUAACUAUUAUUAGUCAAGUGGAAAAAUACAGUUUGAUAACAUGAUUUUUCCAAGAACUGUACUCUUGUAGACUCAGAUAAAAUUGAAUUCCAACCAAAAUUAUCUCGGUA